AGAUAACAGACAUCUGGGGAUCUCUCACGGUGGAUCGUGAGGACUUGGACAAUAAAUAAACGAGUGAGAUCUUGAACUGAGUUUUCUGCUUUCUAUCGAGGUAUUGUCAACAUGUCUAUCGUUGCCUACAUUUCUCUUCUGUGUUUUGCGGUGGUCUACGCCCAUCCCAGCAAUAGCGACCAAGCAGACAAGAGGAAUCUGGUAGAACUAGGUGUAUUGCUGCAUACAGUCACAGGGCAUGCUCUGGAUUACAACGGAUACGGAUGUUACUGUGGGUGGGGAGGUGCUGGUACCCCCGUUGACGCCGUAGAUAGGUGUUGUCAGGUGCACGACCAGUGCUACGGCACAUUGAGCGCAUCAGGCUGCUCCCCCAAACUUUCGACCUACCACUAUACUUGUUCGGGUCAUUCUUGUCAUUGUAACAGCCAAACAUCUUCAUGUGAGGACAGAACUUGUAAAUGCGACAUCGACUUCGCCAACUGUGUGGCCGCACAUCCCUACAACGAUAGGUACCACAACUACGACCACAGCAACUGCUAGAACCUGAAUUAACGAAUAAAUUUUCAAGCUCUCUGUGGAUUAGCUGGUACCACACCAUCUGCUAGCACCAAAAGCCUUCUAAUAAAUGUAUGAUUUUGACCA